GCCGUAAAACUCAAAAGGGUGAAGAAGCGACUGUUGUAUCUCGAAUUUGUAACGCCAAGUUUUGUUUGUGUUGUUGGAGUGGAACGUAUUUAAUAACCAGUGUAUUAUUCGCGUAUCAAAUUGUCUUAAAAAACAAAUCUUUGUCGGUGGGUCUGAGAUGAUGAAAGAAUUUACCGUUACGUUAGCUUGUUGAGUUAAGUUGUUAAAUCAACUUUGUUGACGAGCUAAUGUUAGCCACCUGUACUUGCUUUCGCUUUUAGGUCUGGGAAGUUAUUACGUCAGCUAGCUAGUUAGCUGGACACUGGACGAUUAGUUUGGAAAGUAGCAGCGUUUCAUCACCAGGAUGCUCCUCAUUGUCCUGGUAUGCAGCCUGGCUCUGGCUGCUACAGAACAGGAGGUGGACGACGACUGGAUAGACCCCUAUGACAUGCUCAACUACGAUGCAGGCACCAAGACGAUGAGGAAGCCUGCAGAGCCGGCAAACUAUGACAAUGUGCCAACCAAGAGAAGAGUGUAUACUGAGGACCACGGCCAGGUGGAGCCCACGCCGUGUAGAAAACAAGUAGAGGCUCUACAGAGACAGAAUGAAGAACUAAACAAGAGAAUCACGGCCAUGGCUCAACAGCCUUCGUGUAAUCCAGUGUUCAAACGAUUCCUUACCAGACUCCGGAAGGAAAUUCAAAGAGUUGGUUUGCCCAGUGACUCCACGGACGUCCUCUAUGAUGCCAAAAUCAGGCUGUCCUCACAAGCCAUGACAGAGAUUCAGACACUUCUGGAGGGUGAAGACAGCUGGAGAACAGGGGCUCUGGACAAUGCCUUAAGUCAGAUACUGGUAGAUCUCAGACCGCAUGACUACGAGGCCUGGAAGUGGCGAUUUGAAGACACCUUUGGUGUGGAACUUGACACACUAUUAAAAAUUGGGCUGGGUGUUCUGGUCAUACAGGCCAUCAUAUGCACUCAGCUGUGGUCAAAGGUGUCCUGGUUCAUGCAGUUCACUAGACUGUUUGCUGUCUGCUUCUUUGUCAGUAUUAUCUGGAACUGGCUUUAUCUGUACAAGAUUGCUUUUGCUGAGCACCAAAGAAACUUAGCGAAGAUGGAUGACACCUACGAAAAAUGUACUGGAGUGAAGAAAAUUGACUGGAGUGAUAGUUUAAAAGAGUUGUUCAGAAGCACCUUGACUCUUCAAGGUGACCCUUGUAAGAAAUACUUUGAAUCCCUCUUGGUCAACCCCAUUCUGCUGGUACCGCCAACCAAGGCAAUGGCAGUUACCAUCACAACAUUAAUCACUGAGCCGCUGAAGCAUGUUGGACAGGGAAUCAGUGAAUUCCUUGUAGCCCUCCUCAAAGAUCUUCCAAUUACCCUGCAGAUCCCAGUUCUCUUCACUAUCGUGAUCGCCAUUGUGGUAUGCAUGUAUGGAAGUGUGCAGGCAUCCUUCCGGUAUGGCAUCGCUGCACCUUUCCACCGCCCUCGAAGGGAUCCACCUCCUCCACCGCUGGAGCACAUCCAGGAAAUCAAGGACGGUGACCACUUAGCAGGAGGGGACGCACCACAACAUGCCCCAAGGCACAGAGUCAAUGAGGACAGAUUAGAAAUAGACCAGGUUCGUCAGAGGCGGCCUAACAGACCCAGGGAAGAGCCAGCCAGAGUGGUUGUGGAGACACUACGCACUGCCGAGCCGCCCUACAGUGAGGAUGAGACAGAUGCCAUGCGGCGCGAGGCGGAGCAGAAUUCCUCCGCUGAGUCAGAUUCGGAAACCCUGCAGGAGACACAAGAGGAUGAAGAAGGAGAGAGCGCUAGCGUUGCUGCUAACUCAACCCAAACAAAAACUAAACCCACUGAAUCAGAUUCAUCUCCGUCAAAGACUAAACCUCAGACAGGGAAGGAAAAGCUUUCUCAAGAUAAGACACGCAGCAGGGACAGUGCAGCACCCAAACCUCAGCCAGCAGGGAGGUGGCCUUCACAAACUGAUGUUCAGGACCUGCAGGUCUCCGCAGAAGACGGGACCUCGUCUGUCUCACCGCCGUCCAUUGAAACUGUCGGAGUUCCUGUUCAAGAGACAUCUGCAACAUCAGUGGAGUAGGCACCUUCCCCAUAGGUCAAAGCUGAAAGCAUAGAUGCAAAGUGAUGCAAAGAAGACUUAAUAACUGACUCCCAGUGUUUAAAUUUGCACAAACAACAUUUGAGAGGUUACCCAGUGGAGAAAGCAGCCCAGUUUUGCCAACUAACUUCAUGUUUCUGCCCCGCGGUGCACUGAAUGUGCCUUUCCCUGAGCAGAGUCAACACUUUAGUGAAUCUGCUCAUUGUUUCAUGAUGAUUUUGGCUCUGCUGUAUUUCCUCAGUUAGAAGGAGCCAGAUGUUUGAUCCACCGCACAGCAGCCACAAUAAAAUGGGUAUCAGGAAAGGGGAACAGAUGUUGUUAGAAAUAUCAUUGUUUACUUGAUCAGUUGUUUUGGUGUUUCUUACCCAUGGGUCAAGAAUCAUGGUCACACUCUUCUCCUAGUUUCACUGUAAUGAUAACAAAAUUACAAUGAAGUAGUAAUGUUUUAAAUUUUGGAAAUGGAAUAUGCAUUUGGGUUUUGUAAUUGAAAAGGGUUAAAAUAAAUGUAUUUAUUGAUGCUGUAAUUUUACAAUAAUCAUUUGUUUUAUUUUAUUAGCAAUUUGUAUAUAGAGGGCUUGGAAUAGGGAUGCUGAAGUCUUUUUGGUGGGCUGCAGUGCUCCACUCUCUCAUUUUCUAUUGGAUGGGGCAAACUGCCUGUAAAACAUGUAAGGAUUACUGAAGGCAUGAGUGGCCGCAGUGGAAUUCAU